ACGAUGAGAAUUGGGAUCGUCUGCAGCCUAUUGUUAUCACAAUGUUAACAACAAAUAUCUUUAUACAUAUGUCUUUGCGCAAGACAGGUAUCUGUAGGAUGAAGUCUUAGAAAUAUAAUUGCUAGGCCAAAGGGUAUGUGCAUUUUAAAGUUCAACAGGUUAUGCGAUCACCCAGCUUUUAAAAGAUUUCCCACCGCUUCAGCCUGUAGUGUAAGAUAAAAUAUUGGUUGAAGAGAGGGCAGGCUAGUUAACAAUGUUGAUGAAGUUUUUAUUUUUCCCCCUGAAACUGGUCACAAACCCAUGAGGAAGUGCACAGUGUGGUAAAGUUAUUAAAUAUAGCUGUCAGAAGGUUAACGGGAUGAAGGUGACUUGGGUAUGUCAGCUACUGUCAAGCAGCUCCUAAUGACACUUGUACUGUACUUACUUACUUCUGCUCUUUUCUAGGACCUUAGCAUCGUGAGACAUUUUGGAUUCAUACCUUUCACAACCAACCUGCUUAGAGUUCAUUAUGUCAAAGUUAAAAAGCUCAGAGUCCGUCAGGGUGGUGGUUCGCUGUCGGCCCAUGAAUGGCAAGGAAAAGGCUGCUUCCUACGACAAGGUGGUGGAUGUGGACGUGAAACUGGGGCAGGUGUCUGUGAAGAACCCCAAAGGAGUGGCCCAUGAAAUGCCCAAGACCUUCACCUUUGAUGCAGUCUAUGACUGGAAUGCCAAGCAGUUUGAACUCUAUGAUGAGACGUUCCGACCGCUUGUGGACUCUGUCUUGCAGGGUUUCAAUGGGACGAUUUUUGCCUAUGGACAAACUGGGACUGGGAAAACCUACACGAUGGAAGGAGUUCGUGGUGACCCUGAAAAAAGAGGGGUCAUCCCUAACUCGUUUGACCACAUUUUCACCCACAUUUCUCGAUCCCAGAAUCAACAGUACCUGGUCAGGGCUUCGUAUUUAGAGAUCUACCAGGAGGAGAUCCGAGAUCUACUCUCAAAGGAUCAGACCAAAAGGCUUGAGCUCAAAGAGAGACCUGACACUGGAGUGUAUGUGAAAGACUUGUCUUCCUUUGUCACCAAGAGUGUGAAGGAGAUAGAGCAUGUGAUGAAUGUGGGGAACCAGAAUCGUUCGGUUGGUGCUACCAAUAUGAAUGAGCACAGUUCGCGUUCUCAUGCAAUUUUUGUUAUCACCAUCGAGUGUAGCGAGGUGGGCCUUGAUGGUGAAAACCAUAUCCGUGUGGGGAAAUUAAACCUUGUAGAUCUUGCUGGCAGCGAACGACAAGCCAAGACCGGUGCUCAAGGGGAAAGAUUGAAGGAAGCGACCAAGAUCAACCUCUCCCUUUCAGCCUUAGGUAAUGUCAUCUCUGCCCUGGUAGAUGGCAAAAGCACUCACAUUCCAUACCGGGACUCAAAGCUUACUAGGCUUCUCCAAGAUUCCCUUGGUGGCAACGCUAAAACUGUGAUGGUGGCCAAUGUGGGGCCUGCCUCUUACAAUGUAGAAGAGACUCUGACCACUCUGAGAUACGCUAACCGUGCCAAAAACAUUAAGAACAAACCAAGGGUCAAUGAGGACCCUAAGGAUGCCCUUCUUCGAGAAUUUCAGGAAGAGAUUGCUCGGCUCAAGGCCCAGCUGGAAAAACGGUCCAUUGGCAGAAGGAAGAGGCGGGAGAAGCGGAGGGAAGGUGGUGGCAGCGGUGGGGGCGGGGAAGAGGAGGAGGAGGAGGGAGAAGAGGGUGAGGAGGAAGGGGAUGAUAAGGAUGAUUAUUGGCGGGAACAACAAGAAAAACUGGAGAUUGAGAAGCGGGCCAUUAUAGAGGACCACAGCUUGGUUGCAGAGGAGAAGAUGAGGCUGCUGAAGGAGAAGGAGAAGAAGAUGGAGGAUCUGCGGCGGGAGAAGGAUGCUGCCGAGAUGCUGGGUGCCAAAAUCAAGGCCAUGGAGAGUAAGCUGCUUGUUGGAGGGAAAAAUAUAGUGGAUCAUACGAAUGAACAGCAGAAAAUCCUGGAGCAGAAACGGCAGGAAAUUGCAGAGCAGAAACGUCGAGAAAGAGAAAUCCAGCAACAGAUGGAAAGUCGAGAUGAGGAGACCUUGGAACUUAAAGAGACGUACAGCUCAUUGCAGCAAGAGGUGGACAUCAAGACCAAAAAACUCAAAAAGCUCUUCUCCAAGCUGCAGGCAGUGAAGGCUGAGAUCCAUGACCUCCAAGAAGAACACAUCAAGGAGCGCCAAGAGCUGGAGCAGACCCAGAAUGAGCUUACCAGGGAGCUAAAACUCAAGCAUCUUAUUAUAGAAAACUUUAUCCCUCUGGAAGAAAAAAGUAAAAUUAUGAAUCGAUCCUUUUUUGAUGAAGAGGAAGAUCAUUGGAAAUUACAUCCUAUAACCAGGCUGGAGAAUCAGCAGAUGAUGAAGCGGCCAGUCUCAGCUGUGGGAUACAAGAGGCCAUUGAGCCAGCACGCGAGAAUGUCCAUGAUGAUUCGCCCUGAGGCCCGAUACAGGGCAGAAAACAUUGUGCUGUUAGAGCUGGACAUGCCCAGCCGAACCACCAGAGAUUAUGAGGGCCCAGCCAUUGCCCCCAAAGUCCAGGCUGCCUUGGAUGCGGCUCUGCAGGAUGAAGAUGAGAUACAGGUGGAUGCGUCAUCCUUUGAAAGCACUGCAAAUAAGAAAUCCAAGGCCAGGCCUAAAAGUGGAAGGAAGUCGGGAUCCUCCUCGUCUUCCUCAGGAACCCCUGCAUCUCAGCUUUAUCCACAGUCUCGGGGGCUGGUUCCAAAGUAAAGCCAGUUCCUCCUCUCCCAGGGCAUAAACAGCAUUUGCCUUCUGAGAGAAACCUGCAGAGAGGACUUGAGUCCAAACUCAGAACCAUUCCCCUAAGGAGAAGUGAUGGCCUCUUUGCAGAUUAACUGACUCAGUCUGGUUGAAACCUGCUGGUCCUAAUCUGGCACUCAGUUCCUCUGGGAAACCUCUUUUAAUUAGCAUCUCAGAAAUGCAUGGGAUAAGGUAAAAUGUGAUAGUUGAAGUGGAGAGCAAAAGAAUGACCAGUGACCUUGCUUCCCUUCUCCCUUCCCUUCUUCUCCUCUCCCUCCCCUUUCCCCUGCCCAUCCCUCCUCUCUCCUCUCCUUUUCUAGCCUGUUCUCUAUACUGGGCUCCCUUCUUGUUCAACAGGGCAGAAUCAGGAGUCACCUUAGCAGGACCAAGUUUUUGGAGCCUCAGGAUAAGAUGACAGUGAGGUUGAAAAGUGAAAGCCCUAGAACUUGAAUGGGUGCUUGUUCUCUUAGGUAGAAAUGAGAAAUCUCAUUUGGAUCCAAGCCCCAGAUGGGCAUGAUCUUGCUUCCAUGCACCUCAGUAAGAAGUAGAUCUGCCUUUGGGAUCUGCUGAAUGAGGAAAUCUUUUCUAGGAAGCUACCCAUUUCUGCUCCUAAAGUAGUCAAUGUUGGAAGCACUAGAAAUAACAUUCCCUUUGCCUCCAAGGAGAGUUUAGGGAAACAGUGUCUGUAACACCUCAAAACCAAGACUACUGGUAUCCUGUCAGAGACCUACAUCUGUAAGCUGGUGCCAUGUCCAGACACGUGUAGCUUCACUCUUCAUUUAUCACCAUCUUUUCCCAUGCACGCGUACUCUGAGCAUCUGCCUGGGCCUGCUGCUGCUCUGUAGUGGGCCUGUCUUGUGGGGGAAGGGAGGCUGGCUCUGCCUUCUCUGAUGAGACUAGAGUUGGGGAAGAGAGGUAUAGUGGCACUUUGGAAUUCCCCAUUUUCCAUAUCAGCAUGGAGAGCAUAAGGAUGAUCAGGCAGAUGCGGAGACAGAGAGAGGUGAGACUCAGUGCCGUGGAAAGGGGAGAUACAACAGAUGGAAAGAGCUCCUGUCUGCCUGCGGCAGAAAACCACCUGCCGCUAGAACCCUGGGCUCCCCCAAGGUGGAGCCUGAGAUGGUGGCAAGGAGCAGCUGCAUGAUUGAAUAGGCUCAGAGGAGAGUUAGGAAUUCCCGUUUACAUAUACUACUUUGGUUUCUAAGUUUUAGUUCUUUGUAUUAUUGAGAUUCAAAGCUUCAUUUUGUGUUGGUCAUUAGAAUGUUAUCCAUUUUUUCCCCAAGAGAAGCUCAUAAGUGUGUGGGUGUGCAAGCAUGAAGAUGCCUGUAUUCUGUGAGUGUGUCUGUGUGUGUCUGUGAGAGAGAGAGAGAGAGACCAAGAACUUGCCCAAGUUUAGAAAUACACUAAUGUGUGGCUGUUGCCUUUUGUUUGUACUAAAGGCCCAUUGAAUGACUAAUCCAGGCUGGAAGCGCUCCCAUGUGGGUGUCUGAGUCCACGAGCCAAGCCUGAAGGGACAGUAUGAGUCCCCAGGUCUGCCACUGUGGUGCACCUUGCUGGCAUGGUGCCUCAGGAAGAUGGCGACUCAGGCGGGCCUUGGGUUGUAUUUUAACUCAGCUGCUCAGUUCCCAGGGCACAUUCUGGAUCAGAACCCAUGGGAAAGAAGAGGUACCAAGUGCAAUGUCUUAAGCAUUCUGUAAAAUGGAGAUGUGUCAUCUGGCAGCGUGUCUCCUUUUUAGUAACCAUUCUUUCUGAACCCAGAGCCCUUUUUAGCAGUUCCCAGAGCAUAAUGGAGCCUCCCGUCAUCUUUUCUUGGGGCCAGAUCUGGCUUCUUUCUGAUUUACUAAGAAUUUGCCUAUUUAAGUAGGAACCAAAUGGUGAGGUAUAUAGCCUAAGAUGGUUAUCUGCAGGUUAUACCUGUCUCUCGUACCACAUUUCCUCAAACCUAGUCUGAAUUCUGUAGGUUGAAAAUACUCAAUCUAGCAAAUCUGAGAAUUGAAAACUGCAGAUAAC